GGGUAAAACAAGUCAAAAAUUAAGACCUCAUUUCCCCCACGUCUAGCGGCGCAAGUUAGAACAAAAAGUUCCCACUCAAAACUCAACAUCCUUCUUCCUCCCUUUUAACACCACCCCACCAAACUCAUCCCCACAAACCCUAACCUUUUUUGCUUUGAAAUUCCUUCAUUUCUCUCAUUUUACCCACACGAGAUCAAGAUGGCACACAAUCCUACUCACAGGCGCAAGUUAGCAGCACCAAGCUCACCUUCCAUCUCACAAACUACUGAAAAAAGACAUCCAAAGCCUUCUAGUACUACCUCAACAUCUACAAUCUAUAACCUUACAAAUCACUUUUCAAGGUUACAUCCUAAUCCAAAAAAACCCACUAAUUUCCAAAACCUACCUACCCAAAAACAUAUAGAUUCUCAUUUACAAGUUAAAGCACUCUCAAAAUCGGUUAAUUUAGACCCUAAAAAUCCAAGCUUUUAUGGUCAAAAUAUUGGAAAACAAGGUAAAAAGAUGGGUUUGGAAAGUGGGAAGAAUAAAUCUUUGGUGGUUGUUCAUGAAGAUAUUGUAGAAUCUAAGAAGGAAUUGAAGAAAAUGGGAAGAGAUCAAUCAAAGAAAGGAGGAGAAGCAAAUAUUAAUAAUAAGUUGGUGAUAGUAAAUGGGAUUGGGAAAAGGAGGUCAUUUUGUGAUGUACAAGAAGAAUUGGCUAAUUUUUUGCUAACAAAUUGUGCCAAAGUUGUUUCAGCUGAUAUGCCCCCAUUUAUGCAAAUUCAUGUUGUCGGUUUUGCUAGAAAGAUUAAAGAUAGCCUUGAGAAAUUCACUUCUAAGAACCUUGCUUUAUCUCUUAAAAAGGAACUUGAUGGAGUGUAUGGGCCGGCUUGGCAUUGCAUUGUAGGGACUAGUUUUGGGUCAUUCGUUACUCACUCCGUCGGGGGAUUCCUAUACUUUUCGUUGGAUCAAAAAUGGUACGUAUUAUUGUUCAAAACAACUGUACAGAGAGCUGAUUGAUAAGCUUUUUAGCUUAGAUCAAGAGAUGCAUUAAUGGUGCAGAAAACAGGAAAGCUUUCUAAAGGGGGUAAAUAGUAGUGAACAAAUUUUGUAGUCUUUAUACCGAAGUUUGUUGUCCCUUUAUAAAUUUUUGGAUUGGAUAGCUUGUACAUGUUUCUUGAUGCUUCAAAUAUAAUACAACUAAUGAAGUUUUUUGAUGUUGUCAAGAUGUGUUUGUCAAAUAUGCAUUUGGACCUUAUCAAUUGGUGAAUGAUCCCAAUAUAUAUAAACAUAGUGUUCUCUCUUUUACUUUUUUGUAUGACUUUUAAUCAUUACUUAUUUAAAGCUUACGUUCAUUAGUCUAUAAAACUUGUUCAUGUAGCUACUCUUGUGAAAGAACGUCUCUAGGUGAGACGACAUCAAAACAAGAAGAUAAGAAAAAAAAUCGUUUCUCGCAAUGCCUGUUUGGUUAAUUCUUUGGGAAGUAUAACUUCUUAGGAGAUGAGUAAAUGAAUCGGGUUGGCACGCUUGGACAUGCUAGACCCAUUUCUAGAGAAAAAUUGUUGGGACAUUUAAAAGGAAACACACAGAAAGAUAAUAAAAAAGUGCGGAAGAAAUGUGUUUGAAGGUCCAAUCAAUGAGCAAAACAAAAUGCAAGUUGAUGAUGAGUAACAAAGUAAACAUAAACAAUCAAUAGCACAAUAUUUAAGCUGGUUCACCAAAUUAGACUAUAUUCACCAAGUUGUAUUUCAAUAUGUGUAAAAAUAAGUGAUUUGGAAAAAAAAAGCUACUUUUACAGGAAAAAUAAAGCAAGAGAGAAAGCUAAUAUAAUGUGACUCUGGCUUACAAAUAACCUAGGGCAU